AUGUCAAUCCUUACCCGGAAGAUGGGGGAUAGAUACGAUCUAACCAAAAGAUUUUCAGCUCGGCUCUACACCGCCUGUGAACUACAUACGCUAUUGAUGUUCCCAAAGCACCUCAUGCAGUGGCGAUCACUUCUCACAUUUCAUGAAUUCGGAAUGGCCGAGUUUAUUGUCAAUAAUCGCUUCAGCCCUGCCGCCACGGCGCGUGGAGGGAAUCGAGAUUUAUGGCCUCAUGAAGCUGUGAUGAUUCGAUGA